AUGAGUUUCUCGUCGUUCUUCGGCAUUCAGCCCUCAGAUUCUACUUUCACCAAUAGCUCCAAGAAGAAAUCCUCAUCCUCCCACUUUAAUAAACCUUCACUAAGAGUUAAUGUUCCAAAAACACCUUCGAAGUACAAAAAUAAGAUAUAUCUCCCUCCCACCGACAACUGUGCCUCGCCCCUAGGUACAUUUGGUUCUUCCUUCCUCCUUCGUACUUCUGAUCUAUAUAACUUCGUAAACAUCAUAGAUGGCGAUGAUUACAAUAACAAUGGGGCUUCCACUCACGAUAAGAACUCUAUAUCGCGAACUACAUUGAAGACUCGAUUAACUCAAAAUAACAAUGAAGAAGUGUUUAGCCCACUGUCACCAAUAUAUUCCGACAUGAAAACUCGGCGUAAUCCUAUAUCAGAUUCACUAAGAUUUUCACCCUCCUAUUUCACGAAUGACGAGGAGAUUUAUGUUCCCUAUGUCUCGUCUCCCAAGACGGAAGGAAGAAAUUCAUAUGAUUCAGGUGUGGGUAUGACUUUUGAUGAAAAACUUGACGAUAACGAUGAUAAUGAUAGCAAAAAUGGCAAUAUUAAAAAUGUCACAAGUCGAGAAAUCGAUUUAAAUAAAAGUAGCAAGAUUUCCGACCAAAUUUCCUCUCGGAACGUGAUAUCCUCUUCAGUUUCGCCCAUUAUAUUCAAUUCAUCGUUACACAAGUCAUCGCUAUACGGACCUAGCGGCAUACCACCAUUGUUUACAAGCUCAGUAAAUGAUUAUAUUGGAGAUUCUGCGUUUUCUGGAAACGAGAAUUGGAUGGAGUACUGA